GCCUUUGGGUUUCCUUUUCUUCCUGCUCCCAAAAUCUCGCCCAAACCCAUCGAGCAGCGCUGCAGCGGCGAUCGCCGCAGCGAUUUGUUGGGAUCUCGACUCGAUCCGUCGAUCCACCAUCUUUACAUGCGUUUGGAUGACCUCUAGGUUCGUCUCCUUCCACCGGCAUAGGGAAAUUGUGUGCAGAGGUUUCGCCUUCGUCGUUGGAUCCGAUGGAGAAAGAGCUACUCGAGACCUUCGAGGUCGCGAAGAAGGCGGCCGACGUGGCGGCGGAGGCUGGAAGCGGGUCGACUGAGGUGGAUCGGUGCGUCGACGCGCUGAAGCAGCUGAGGAGGAUCCCCGUCACGAUGCAAGAUCUGGUGGAAACUCAGGUAGGCAAACGCCUUCGCUAUCUGAUCAAACAUCAUCAUUCAAAGAUACAAGUUGAGGCUUCUGCCCUCUUAGAGUAUUGGAAGAAUAUUGUCAUUCAGGAGACAUCAAAUUCGAAGAAAAAUGGCAGUUUGGAGAAUAAAAGCUCAACAAAAAAUCCCAAACCAGAGAGAAAAGAAACUAUCAAGAUUGACAAGGCACCCAAAGCUGGGUCAGUUACCAUGGAUCGCAGAAAUCCAACUUCAGAAAGCCCCAAAUUGAAUAAGAAAGAUGCUGACCAGGGGUUAAAAACUGAGAUUUCCCAUUCAGAAAGAAACAUGAUUGAGAAUAAUAGAAGCAAUAAAUCUGGGCUUCACACUAGCGCUAACAACACGGAAAGAAUCUCCAAGGGAGAAAAUCAAGCUUCCACAACCAAGAGGCCAUCUCCUGCUUCUUCAGCUCAUCCACCGAAGCUGACAACCAUGGUUAAAUGUAAUGAUCCUACGCGCGACAAAAUCCGGGAACUUCUAGCUGAAGCUUUCUCUAAAGUUCCGCAAGAGACCGGUCAAGAUGAUAGGGAAGAAGUGAGAAACAUCCUGGACGAAGUGGACGCCUGUGAUCCCAUCAGAGUUGCUGUCACGGUGGAGUCAAUGAUGUUUGAAAAACUUGGUAGAUCCACUGGUUCUCAGAAGCUUAAAUAUAGGUCCAUAAUGUUCAACUUGAAGGAUGGCAACAACACUGAUCUUCGAAGGAAAGUUCUCCUUGGAGAGGUGAAGCCUGAGAGACUAGUGGCUAUGACUCCCGAUCAGAUGGCCAGCGACAAGCGGAAACUUGCAAAUGAGCAAAUCAAAGAGAAGGCCUUAUUUGACUGCGAGAGGGGCGGGGCUCCAAAGGCUACCACUGAUCAGUUCAAAUGCGGUCGGUGUGGGCAGCGGAAGUGCACAUACUAUCAACUGCAAACUCGGAGCGCGGACGAACCAAUGACGACAUUCGUUACCUGUGUCAACUGUAACAACCACUGGAAGUUUUGUUGAGUGUAACUGCAGCCGAAUAACUAUCCAACAUAUUCCAGAAGAUCUCACCUCAUGAUUCUAGGUUUCUAUCUCCUUUAUUUCUUCCAGAACUGGUCAGCAUUCACCUCGAGAUGGUUUAGUGUAAUAGUACCUUCACUUUGAUUUGUAUUAUUUUCCAUGGAAUCUUGUGUAAGUCAUAUUGUACUUCUCUUGUAGCUGCAAUUAUUUCAAGUAUUUUACUGAUUUAAUCA